AUGAAAGGUUACAUUAUUGCUCUUAUAGUAUGUGCCUGCGUCGCUAUAAUCGCGGUUGUUCUUAUCUUAUGUUGUCUUCAAAACCGCAAAAAGAAAAAAACGUGGUCUCCUCCACCGCGUCCGCCGGUAAAAGACGUUGAAAAAGGUAGAAGAAGCAGUGUCGCAAGAGAUGGAGGGCUUGUUGUUUUGACAGGCACCGCUGUCACCACAGCCGUUGUAGCUACGGCUGUAACCACCGGAACCGCCGAUGAAAUUAGUGGUGGUGGAGGAGGCGGGGAAGGCGGAGGAGAAUGUGAUGGUGGUGGAGAUGGUGGAGGAGGAUGUGGAGGUUGCGGUGGUUGCGGCGGUUGUGGCGGGUGUGGAGGUUAA